AUGCCCCGUGAGAGCCGGGUCUCAGACCACCUUAGGAGGGAUGAAUUUUUAGAUGUGAUCUACUGGUUCCGACAGAUCAUUGCUGUGGUCUUGGGUGUCAUUUGGGGCAUUUUGCCCUUGCGAGGCUUCUUGGGAAUAGCAGGGUCAUUUGGAUCAUCUUUUACACUGCCAUCCACUAUGACUGAUGGCGUCUGCUCCCAUCUCUUCUGUCCAGCCCGAAGGACCCUUAUUACAGCACAGAUACAUGCUUGUUGGGGCACUCCUGCCACGUGGAACUGAGAAGACCCAUGUCUUUUGGACUUAGAAUCAGCGUGUUGGGCAUUGGUGUUUUCUGCAAGGGUUGUGAAACUUUUCAAAGAACCAUCUGCCUUUGGGGAAACAUUUCUGAAUUUGUCCAUCACCAACCAUUUUCUUGGAUACCAUCAUGUAACAGCUGUUUGCCAAGUGGAGCUGCUGUUUAAUCUGAUGCGCCUCUGGAUCCGGAUGAAACAUUAAAUUGUCUUCCUUA